AGAUCUUAUCAUGGAACAUAGUUUUUGAACAGCCCCAUCAACGAUAACAAAUACAUUCAAAGAGUAAUUUCUUCCACUACUAGAAGGACACAAUGCAGCUGUUUAUUCGAAAAUUGCAUAUAAUGAGCCAGGGAAUUUUCCGACCACGGUCAAUAAUUCGAUCCUACAGUGGAUAAAAUGGGUCAUCCGCGGUGGCAGUCGAUCAGUCAUUUGAUUCCGAACGGAGUGGAAAAGAGAUGAAGAUCGUUAUCGCAGCUACUUUCCUGACCGGAUUACUCCUACGAAUUUCCGUUACCGCAGAAGAUAGUACCUGCAAAAAUGGAUCCCCCGUGAAUAAGAGCUUGUGGGAUUGUUGCAGUAUGCCAAACUUGAUCAACCAGGACAUCCGCGCGGAUUGUCACCAGAAGUAUGGUGAACAAACUAUGAAGCAGAUGAAACUGGAAGGAACACCCCGUGGAUGCUGCAUCGCCGAAUGUCAACUGAACGCCACAGGACUCUACGCGGACGGAAUGGUCAACCGGGACGAGAUGACGACGAUGUUCAUGGAUGCGGUCAAGGAUGCACCCGUAUGGCAACCGAUGGUACGCGACCUGCUGGACGAAUGCUUCCGACAGGCCGAGGCCAAUAAGGACAUCAUCGCAGCCGGAGCCAUGCUCGAGCCGAGCUUCGAGGGGGAGAAGAUUUGCCAUCCGAUCUCCGGUGCGAUUAUGCGGUGCAUGAAUAAGAAUCUAUUCCUCAUGUGCCCGAAGGAAAGCUUCAACGAAGGAGGAGAAUGCAACCAGCUGAUGGAUUACUUCAAAAUGUGUAACGGAAUUUGAGAAGACUCGCUGUUUUAUUAACGUUAGCAAAAUCUUGUUUCCCGGGAAAACAUAGCGUAUACUACAAUAUGUAAAUAAAUCGAUUAUGCAAAUUUGAACUGAAUAAUAGUUUAUUUUAUAAUAUUUUUUUUUAGUUUCAAACUUAUUCUGUGCUGAUUCUACAAAAACAUAUAGGUUUUGUAACGGUUCUGAAAACUUGUUAAAGCUUAUUUGACUUGAUCGAUUUCCAUAUCAAUUUUUUUCUCCUUCACCAUCUCAAGUAGUCCACAAAUUAGCGAAAAAAAAAUAUAUAUAUGAGCUGAGA